AUGGAGUAUCACCCAGCUUCAGAGAUGAAUGUAGUUGUUGCAGAGUAUCUAAACAUGUGCGUUGAAACUAAAAAUAAUGGUUGCAAAGAAGAGAAGGAAAGUCUAGAUGCAACAGGACUGCCUUGCAUUGAGAAAUCUUAUAGCACUAUACUGAGUGAGCUCGGAGAAGACGUCAACAGGGAAGGACUUCUACGUACGCCGCUACGUGCAGCCAAAGCCAUGCAGUUCUUCACCAAAGGCUACAAGGAAUCAAUCCAAGAUAUCUUGAAUGAUGCUAUCUUUGAUGAAAACCAUGAAGAGAUGGUGAUUGUGAAGGACAUUGAGAUGUUCUCUCUCUGCGAACAUCACCUGGUGCCCUUCUUUGGCAAAGCUCACAUAGCAUACCUCCCAAACAAGAAAGUGGUUGGUCUGAGCAAGCUUGCCAGAAUUGUAGAGAUUUACAGCAGGAGACUUCAAGUUCAGGAGCGCCUGACCAAACAGAUUGCUUCAGCAAUCUCUGAGGCGUUGGAGCCUGCUGGUGUGGCGGUGGUAAUCGAAGCUACUCACAUGUGCAUGGUGAUGAGAGGGGUGCAGAAGAUGAACGCCAGCACUGUUACGAGUGUAAUGCUGGGAACAUUUAACGACGAUCCGAAGACCAGGAAGGAGUUCCUUGACCUCACAAUGAAGAAAUGA